CUUAUGGCGAUUUUAAAAACCCAAAAGCAACUCACACCGGAACAAAAACGAGAAGCCAGCGAAGAGGCAAAUCAAAUCGAAUCGCCCAAAGGAGGCGACGAGCCACCGGCUGCAGCCUGCAGCGGGAGAGGUCUCAGGUGCGGGGGAGCAGAGGCCUCGUCGGCGAGCGCGGGGACGCCCCAUCGCGGUGCCCCACCGCCGGCGAACGGGGCGUCGCGGGGUUCGGCGGGGAUCCCGCCGUGGAGCGGCGGCGGCGGCGGCGUCGUAGCCGGAGCACUCCGAUCGUGGCGAAUGUCGGUGGGGAGAGCCGCGAAAUCGCUUCCGGCGUGGAGCUGUUGCCUGUAGGAGAUGUGGAGAUUGGGCAUUGGAGUACUGGAGAUUGAAGUUCUGCGAGGGUGAUUUGCUGCUGUGAAAUUGCUGAAGUUUUGGUAAGAGAUUGGGAACCAUGGAUUCACGGAUGGAUCAAUACGAGGUUAUGGAGCAGAUUGGCCGUGGCGCCUUUGGUGCUGCCAUCCUCGUGAACCACAAGACCGAGAAGAAAAAGUAUGUGCUGAAGAAAAUUCGGCUCGCGAGGCAAACAGAGCGCUGUCGCAAGUCUGCUCAUCAAGAGAUGGCCCUUAUUGCUCGCCUGCAACAUCCUUACAUUGUUGAGUUCAAGGAAGCAUGGGUUGAGAAGGGCUGCUAUGUUUGCAUCGUGACGGGAUACUGUGAAGGUGGUGAUAUGGCUGAACUGAUGAAGAAAGCAAAUGGAACAUACUUUCCAGAGGAGAAACUACUGAAAUGGUUUGCUCAAUUGGCAUUAGCUGUGGACUAUCUGCAUUCAAACUUUGUUUUGCAUCGUGACCUCAAGUGCUCAAACAUAUUUCUCACAAAAGAUCAGGACAUCCGUCUUGGGGAUUUUGGCCUGGCUAAGACUUUAAAGGCAGAUGAUUUAACCUCUUCGGUUGUGGGAACACCAAAUUACAUGUGCCCAGAGCUGCUUGCAGACAUUCCUUACGGAUUCAAGUCAGACAUAUGGUCUCUUGGAUGUUGUAUGUACGAGAUGGCUGCUCAUCGGCCUGCCUUCAAGGCAUUUGAUAUGGCUGGACUAAUUAGUAAGAUAAAUCGCUCCUCCAUUGGCCCUUUGCCUCCAUGCUACUCUCCAUCUAUGAAAUCACUUAUCAAAAGCAUGCUCAGGAAGAGUCCUGAACAUCGGCCUACGGCAUCUGAGAUUCUUAAAAGCCCAUACCUUCAACCUUAUGUUAAUCAAUACCGCCCAUUUGCUGAUAUAUCACAUCCCAUUCACUCACUGGAGAAACCCAUUACCAGUUCACGGAGCAGUCAGAAAAGCAUGUCUGGUAGUCAGUGUAGUAGUAUUUCUGGAAGCGAUAUUGACAGUAUACAGUCAAGUGAAAGGAACACAUCAGGGCCAUCUACAAGUUCCAACAACACGAUUGAUACUGAAGGUGCUGAAGCUACUGAUCAUGUAUCAGUGAAAAACUGUUCAAGAUCUGAUGAUGUUAAAAGCAAUAAGGAAACUGUGGGUCCUGAAUUAGAGAGGCAAGAUUCAUCUAAAUCCAUCCAUGUUGAUCAGCGGCCUAGAAACGAGAUUAAGCAGCCAAAAAUCAUCAAGAAGAUAUUAACAACUCUAAGAGAAGAGAGCAAGCUCAGGCAAAAUAAUUCACCUAUUAGAGCUAGCCGUGUAAAACUAAAUUCACCAAGUAAUAGAGAACAAUUGUCUGAUGAUUCAAAGCAUAGCAGUGACAUCUCCUCCAGUUCAAAAUCUAGUGAAGUGACAUCACGAGAAUCAGCAAAGGUCAUCUGUGAACCUGUGAAACGGGCACAAGCAUCUCCUCCUCUGAAGCAUUUGUCCCCUAUUGUCGAACAUUCUCCAAAAGCUAAAAUUAAACAGGAUGAGCCGCUGCAGCCAGACCCUGCCAAGCAGGCAAUGGAAGAUGUUGAUGCAGCUGUUGGAAAGGUCAAGAACAGGACACCACCAAGUUAUUCUAGACGCCUUAGUAUCCCCCCUCGUAGGCCACUGGGAGCAGAGAGUCCACUUCAUGCUGACACAAAACGAGCUCACAAUAAGGUCAUCAAGGAGCGUGCAAAAAGUCCUUGUCGACCUGUCCAUGGUCCAGAUAAUGAUAUCAUUGAGCCUCCAGGUUUUCCAAUGGCUCCCCCAAGUCCUCUUGGGGGUGUUCAAAUGAAAGUUGGCAAUGCACGGGCAAAAUCUGCUCCACCGAGGGCUGUAUCUAUCAAGGAAGACAGCAGUGAUUGUUCCAGUUCCACAAUUGCUUAUGCUGAAAAUACCGAGCUGUCUGAACCAUCAAAACAAGAUUCAUCAGCCCAGUUGGUUUCAUCUUGUAAGUGCUCAAUCCCUGACGCUGCCAUACAAAAACAUGACCUAACAGCAAUGCCUAGCUCGGAGCUAAACACCACCAAUUUCCAGAAGAGUAUGGCUAGUAAUGAUGAUGUUUGUGAAAACUUAGCCUUGGAGCCAUCUUCUGAUAUAUCUGAGCAGGUGAGUAUUUUCAAGGACAACGUGCCCUGCAGUAAGAUAUCACAGAGCACUGCCAAUGCCAUUGUACAGAAUGAUGAGGAUAAGUUCACAGUGCAAGAAUUGCUUUCAUCAGUAGCAGAUAUUGCCCCAUUUGUUUCAACGAAAAACUUCGCACUAGAAAAAGGAUCCCCUCCUAUUCAAUCACUGGAAAGAACAUCAUCUCCCCAUUUGAACCCUCCAAUUGAGGAUGUCAUACAUGUCAUAAGACACAGCAGCUUCCGUGUCUGCGGUGAACAGGCAGUUGCAGAGAACGCUGAAAUGGGAGUCCAAAGUUCAGAUGUUGGCAAGCUUCUCAACGUGGUAAGAGAAGAGGUGGAUUCGAGAAGCAUCCCAUCAAAUAAUCUUGUGCCUCACAGACUUCCUGAUUGUGCUGCACCCAAGCCCAAUAUUUCGGAAACUAAUACCAUCAGCUCGAAAACAGCCUGUUCAGAUGUUGUAAAAUUUCUUACUGUCCCUGAAGUAAAUUCUACUACUACUGCUAUCAACAAUGGAUUCAAGGAGGAGGCAAGCCCAACGAAGGAAAUUCUAGAUGUCAAGUCUUUCAGGCAGCGAGCCGAGGCCCUUGAAGGACUCCUGGAGCUUUCUGCGGAUCUACUGCAACACAAUAGGCUGGAGGAGCUUGCGGUUGUUCUAAAGCCUUUCGGGAAGGAUAAGGUAUCUCCUCGAGAAACAGCAAUCUGGUUGGCCAAAAGUUUUAAAGGGAUGAUGAAUGAUGAAGCGAGUCGCAGUUCAAUGCGGACGGCCGUCUACUACGACGUGCUGUCGGCGGAUGGUUUCUACCGGGGGCUGCGCUUCGGCGCCGCCGCGCUGCCGCUGUCGUACCAGGGCGGGAGGCGCGCCGACGCGGUGCGCGCCGUGCUCGUGGGGAGCUCGGGCGUGGUGUCCUGGGACGCCGGCGCGUUUGGUGAAGACAACCACACGGGGGUGUUCCCGGUGACCCUGUGGGUUCUCGGCGCCGUGCGGUACAAGUACGGCGGGCUGAUGACCACGUCGGCGACCAUGCUGUCCGCGAGGUGCCCGCUCGCGCUUAAGCUCGUGGAGGCGUCGAGCAGGGUCGAGUGUACUGUGAUUAGCUUCUGAGUCGAGCCUAUUUAGUGAUAUGGAGUAUUUGAUCGAGAAA